CGUGGCAGUGAACGCGGGCGCUGUUGGCACUUUUUUCAUUACAGAUUAUUAAGUCCCCGCUCCGGGUAUCGUUUCAACGACGAUAUCGUCAGUGUAGUUCAGUUUAUACGUGCUUUUUCCAAAGGUUAUAUCUUCUGCUGAACAGAAUGAAGUUCCAAAUUUUGAGCCUGGCUGUCGCAGCCUUUUUGGUGACAAUCUGCGCCGAAGAAGCAGAGCCCGAAGCUGCAAGACUUCUGGUCUCCAAGCACAUAUUGAACAAAUACCUUGUCGAAAAUAUGGAUAUAAUUGUUAAGUACACUGUACACAAUGUUGGCAGUGCAGCAGCUCUGGAGGUUGAGAUAACAGAUAACUCUUUCCACCCUGACCACUUCUCUCAUGUCAGUGGGGAAUUGAAUGCUAGAAUUGACCGCGUUGCUCCGUUCACAAAUGUAUCGCAUACUGUAAUUGUUAGACCCAAAAAACACGGGUACUUCAACUUUACUUCGGCUGAAGUCUUGUACCGUCGCACCGAAGAUGCCCCAAGGCUGCAGGUUGCCGUUAGCAGUUCACCCGGUGAAGGUCUCAUUGUUUCCUUCAGAGAUUAUGCAAAGAAAUUCUCUUCUCACGUUGUUGAUUGGGCAGCAUUUGCGGUGAUGACACUACCAUCUCUGGCAAUUCCAUUUGCUCUAUGGUACUCGAGUAAAAGCAAAUACGAGAAGUUAUCGAAAAAUAAUAAAAAACACUAGAGAAAAAAAAUUUUGUAAAAUUAUACGAUAAAAAAACGAAUAUACUGUUGUAAGAGGAACAUAAGCUUGAUCAAGAUUCAAGUGCGUUUGAUGGAUCAAUAAAACUGUCUCCGAUUGACUGCGUGACGCGUGAAUGAUGAAUCGAAAAUAUGUCUGAUUUUUUAAAUAAACAUUAUUUAUAAAAAAAAGAAAAAAAA